CAUUGCGUUUAUUUCGUAUCUGAGUGUUUCGUUAGCAUUUAGGGAGCCCAUAAAUGCGGAAAAAAUCGUUACCGGGUUUCGAUCUAAGUCUUUACUUUAUUUAGUAUCGUUGGCAACUGCAAUGGCGACGUUCUCGAAAGUAUGGCGUCAACGGAAAUACUUGGAAAGUGGAAGCUGAGUGGGCCAAUGAGGUGUGGGCUGCUUUUUCAUGGCAAAAAUUUUGAAAGCAAUGGUUAUCACCUCCUCAUGAUGGGAUUGACAUUUUAAAUAGCUGAGGAGAGCAACAAUUCGUCAGUCAUUUGUUCUUAAACAUACAAUUGUAUUGUGUUAUUGAGGGGGUUGAAGUACUCCGAUACGAUUGCGCUUUCCUCCCAGUCUCCUGCGAAAAUCUGACCUCCGACGAGUGAAGGUUAUCCGACUGAUAAGUGUUUGGUAUCACAUUUUGGUAUUAAAGUGUCAGAUGCAUCAGUCGAUUACAGUGUGACGAGCAUUAGAAUAAUGGCAACGAAGGAGGAGACUGUUUUUGAUGCCACAGAGCACCCACAUGUGAGGUACAAUCCUCUGAGGGGAGAAUGGGUUCUAGUAUCUCCCCAUAGAAUGAAAAGGCCCUGGUCUGGGCAAAUAGAACCAUCAACUGACGAGGAACUGCCAGAGUACGAUCCGGAGAAUCCCCUGUGUCCUGGCAAUCCUCGAGCAAAUGGGAAGGUCACCGCGAAGUACGACAAAACUUACUCCUUUGUCAAUGAUUUCCCUGCAUUACUGGAGGCCAUCCCACGAAUAGAAAAAUCAGACGAUGAGCUGUUCAGAAUGGAACCUGUGGGGGGCACCUGCAAAGUUUUAUGUUUCCAUCCCAAGUCGAAUGUCACUUUGGCUCUAAUGAAAAUCGAAGAGAUUGUAGAAGUCAUUAACCAGUGGAUAGUCGAAAUGAUAGAGCUGGGGAAAACCUGGACUUGGGUGCAAAUAUUUGAAAACCGAGGGACCAUAAUGGGUUGCAGCAACCCCCAUCCUCACUGUCAGAUUUGGGCGAGUUCGUUCAUGCCCUCUGAGGCGGACAGAAAGGAUAAGAACCUUAGAGAUUAUUUUUCUAAGCAUAAAAGGCCACUUCUGAUCGACUACGUUAAGAAAGAACUCGAGAAGAAGGAGCGAAUUGUCAUUGAAAACAGGGAUUGGGUCGUCCUGGUACCGUUCUGGGCGGUGUGGCCGUACGAGACAUUGCUCCUUCCUAAAACUCAGAUCUCUCGGAUCCAGGACCUCACUGAAUCCCAACGAGAAUCACUAGCAGCAAUAAUGAAGAGAUUGUGCAUAAAAUACGACAAUCUCUUCCUCUGCUCGUUCCCCUAUUCAAUGGGAUGGCAUGGAGCUCCCACUGGGGCUCGUAUCAACGACGACGCGAGCCACUGGACAUUCCACGGAAUGUACCUGCCGCCCCUGCUGCGAUCAGCAACAAUAAAAAAACACAUGGUGGGUUAUGAACUGCUGGCACAAUCUCAGCGAGAUUUAACUGCUGAACAAGCUGCUGAAAAACUCCGUAAUCUCCCUGACGCACACUAUCGUCAUCCUGAGACGAGUCUGACUCCUGAGGAGUCCAAUAAAUAUCAAUGAAUGGUUCAGAUAAUUAACGAGGAGCAUCUCAAAUGAUCUUCAAUUAACGGGUUCUGAUCUUUGUCGUGUUCAGUGAACUAGGCAUAGUCACGAGUAUGUAGCGGAUUUCCUUGUGUAAUAAAUUACUGAAUAUUUAAAUAUGGAAAACAAUAUUUUUAAUAAAUUGGGAAUGUAGCAUCUA